CGAAGUAUCACCUAGCAUGCCUUGCAACCACGACCAUGAUAGCUCUUGAUGCCUCUACCUCGAGCGGUCAGACAGUCUAAUGGAUCCAGAAUCUCAGGCAAUGUCGUCAGCACCGCCUCCCAUCAUCGACUUGCCUCACCGCUGGGGUGAGAAUGGGAAAUUGUUGCCAGGGACCUCACCCGCCCAAUGUCCGAUUUGUGACUGGAAUGGUGACCCUGAUAGUUUCUGGGGGUAUGGUAGACGAAUAGCCAUGGAUGAACUUACUGGAAGACAUUUCAGGCAGGAGCCCAUCAACUGCGCAUCGUGCAAGCUUCUUCGGUGCAUACUUUACAAGAGAGCUGAAGUGGAGGGCAGGCAAGCGACAGAGAGCAGCUACAUCAUCGGGCCAGACUUCCAUGUUGUCACUUGGUUGGAUGAUGAGGCUGGUCGGGGGAACCACUCUAUCUUUGUGUCUUCAGACACUCCCAGGUCAGAUAUUGACCGCUACAACAUCUCGAAACGAUUUAUCUUGAACAGCGACAGUCUAAAUGAUAGGUCAGCGGGGUGGGUACAGGAGCGUCUUGCAGCGUGUGCGAACUCACACGAGCUCUGCAAGUCACAGAGCGGCGAUUCUUUCAUGCCCACAAGGUUGAUCAACCUUAAGCCAGGCUGGAAGGGUUUGGAUGUGCGACUUGAAAAGUCCAGCCCUCAGGCUGUGCGGCCCAGGGCCCCCUACGUCGCGCUGAGUUAUUGCUGGGGCGGUUACAGACCCGCUUGCAUCACAACUGCCGGGACUCUGGCUGAGAACCAAACGAGGAUCGCAUGGGACAAACUGCCAGCGACAUUCCAAGAUGCGGCGGCUUUUACCCAAAGUCUCGGGAUUCAGUUUCUCUGGAUUGACAGUAUUUGCAUCAUUCAGGAAGACGAAGAUGACUGGCAACGGGAAGCGGGGAAGAUGAACGCCGUUUACAAAAACUCCUACCUGACAUUGGCGGCUCUUUCUGGGGGUGACAGCAACUCUGGACUACACAACAUAUCCAUAAAGCAGGACUCCCAUGUUGUGGCUGAGUUGCGCAUCGCGCAGAACGUCUACCCCUUGUAUAUGCGGCAGGCCCACUAUCUCGACAGCCUUCUCAAAUCCAAGUUCAUGGAACAUCACGAAAAUAAAUCGCUGGCUUACCGUUAUCCCCUCCUCAGUCGAGCCUGGGCUUACCAAGAGCGCACUAUAUCGCCCCGCGUGGUGUUCUUCACCGAGAGCGAAAUGAUCUUCCAAUGCCUGGAACACGUCGAGUGCGAAUGUGGCGCUGCACAAGAGUGGAGCCAGACACAAAUCGUCCACCGAACCCACAAGACGAGCAUCUUCAUGCAGACCGAGUCCGAAUCUCUGAAGCUGAAAGGCAAGGAUCGCGCAUCUGAACGUUUCAGAUGUGACCUUCAGACGCAGGAUGGUCGAGAUUGGGACAUCGCGAGGGAUUGGAGGACCUCAGUUGUUAGGGAGUACUCAGCACUGAAAACAUCAAUGCCACGAGAUAGAUUACCGGCCCUUGGAGCUGUCGCCGAGCAGUUCAAGCGCGCUCGCAUGGGGGAGGCCUACCUCGCCGGCCUCUGGUCGAGGUCUCUACUUGAUGAUCUACUGUGGUUUCGUUUAGCCCAACGAGCCCCGUCGCAGGAGAGCAAUGGGGAAUUGGAACGGCCGUUUUCUCUGCCCACGUGGUCAUGGGCAUCUCUGAAACGCAACGUUGGCUAUUACUUCGCUGAUUUCAGUUUUCCCAUGGCAGAGAUAAUCGAGGCAAACUGCAGCUACUUAGGCGAAAAUGAAUUUGGCAUCCUUCAGAGCAGCCGAUUGGUUUUGAAGGGCAGGGUCCUUGCAUCUGUUGUCGGAAAAGGGCCCGAGGGCUGCUCUUUUUAUGUCCCUGAUAGGGAUGAAUGGGCCAGGUUCGUCGAUAAUUCACAGUCAAACCUGUCAAUUAGGAUGGACAUGGGCCAUGAAGGGGCUUAUGGAGAUCCUCUGUGGCAAGAAAUCUAUAUUUUGGAGAUAUCUGAGUCUACAUGGUACGAAGAUGACUCGCCAAUCGCUGAUUGGAACUUUCUCCUCUUGCACCGAGAGGAUCACGAUGGACUCAUAUCCUACACACGAGCGGGUAUGGCCACCUUUAUUCGGCAAGAUUCAGAGAUCCAGACUCUUAAAUUCGAAGAGCCUCAAGAAGGCUUUGAGCGCGUCUUUGAACUUCAAAGUAUUCUCACUACUUGUUUGAUUCUGUAAAAUUGGGCAGUAUUUUAACAAUACGCGGCUUAU